AACGUGCCGUGUGCAAACCCCAGGAAGUCCCUCACCGAACAUCGCCGUCCUUCGGACGGGAGGCAAAGUUUCUCCGGUCACUGCUUCUGGUACACAGGACGUUACAGCAUGGCGUCGGGCCAGCAAUACCAGGUCACUCUACCGGGGCCCGCGCCCUGGGGCUUCCGCCUCUCGGGCGGGAAGGAUCUCUCCUCGCCGCUGUCCAUCUCUAGGGUAACACCUGGGGGUCGGGCUUCUAUGGCCAACAUUGCUCCAGGGGAUGUGGUACUGAGGAUCGGAGCCCGGGCAGCAGAAACACUGACACAUAUCGAGGCACAGAACAUAAUCAAGACCAACGAUGGACAACUAGAGCUCACUCUUGUCAGAGGGGACGGCAGGGGGAGACCAAUGCCAGCAACCCCGGCUGGGCCAGCAGCUCCCACAAUACAAGCCCAGCCAACGGUAAUAAAGAGCGCCCCCGGAGGAGGUCCCGCACCUGGAGCGGUGUCUGUGCUCGCUCCCGCACCUGCACCUGCUCCAGCACCUGCCCCAGCACCUGCUCCUGCACCUGCACCUAUACCUACUGUUGCAGUGCCCAGUGAGCCUGAACCUUCUCUGCUGCUAGAUAGCCAUCCUGCUCCUUCUCAUGGUCCUAGUGUGGAUGUAGGAGCCAUCAAGCGUGCGGGCGAGGCCGGGCUGGGAAAACCCGCCGCGCCCAUCGAAAUCGAGGCGGGCGGCAGGAAGAUCGUGCACGCGCAGUACGACACGCCGCUGGGCAUGUACUCAGCCGGCGCCGUGCAGGACACUCUGGAGGGACAGCUGGCAGGAUUGGUCGGAGGCAGGCCUGAGGUGACCGCACCACAGCGCCCUGCAGAUCAGCCUGUAGCUAGCAAGCCGGGUACGAUCGACACGUCCUCCGCUGUGUACCAGAUGAUCCAGGAGGAGUCAGCGAGGAAAGCGCGUAUGCAGCCCCGCGUGGCGCCCCCUCCGCCUGAGCCGGUCGGCAGGUCCGGCGCCGGCGCAGCCCAGUCACGGUCCUUCCGCCUGCUGCAGAUGAUGACUGCAGAGGACGAAGCCGAGAUCGAUGAGCAGGAGGCGCAGCGCGAGCGAGAGCGGGAGGAACAGGAGCGGCUGCGGUACCAGGAGGCCGUGGAGCAGGAAGCCGUGGCCUCCAGACAGAUGGACCGUCUGGAACUGGCGGAGGCCCAGGCUGCCCUGUCUCAGAGGGAACGUACUGGACCCCAGGAGCUGCAGGCCGUCACUGCCAAGGAGAUGGAGAAGGCCGUCCAGGUGCCCGUCAACGUGCCCAGCUGCCAGGGCUGCGACGGGGACGUCUCGGGCCCCAUGCUGAAGGUAAAAGACAAGUUGUUCCACGCCUCGUGUUUCAACUGUGCCGAGUGUGGAACCAACCUGAGAGACUCUGUCUACGUCAUGCUGGAGGGUAACUACUACUGCGAGAAGGACGCCAUCGCUAAGGCCAAGCCGCCGCCCGGAUACGACGUGAUCCUUCUCGAUCCAAAGGGAAACCCAGCAAAAACUACUGGCGCGCCGGCGGUUACGACCAGCACGGCUCCGAGCGGCGUGGGACGUCCGGCCGACCAGAGGAGACGAGUGGUGCGGGGAGACCGCCAGGACCGUAAGGCCAAGCCGAUCGUGUACGCCAAGAUGGGCGCCGCGGGAUCCAGGACUCCGCUGUGUGAGAGCUGUAACCAGAUCAUCAGGGGUCCUUUCGUGGUUGCCAUCGGCCGGUGCUGGCAUCCUGAUGAGUUUACGUGCGCUCACUGUAAGUGCAACCUGAUUGAGAUGGGAUUUGUGGAGGAGGAGAACCAGCUCUACUGUUCCACACACUACAAGGAGUUCUUCGCUCCUCUGUGUGGCAAGUGCAACGAGCCCAUUGCUGAGGAAUCCAUCAUAGCGAAUGACCUGCAGUUCCACAAGCACUGCUUCCUGUGUGCCAAGUGUAACUGCCAACUGGACCCCAACGGCUACCAUCUGUGGGAGGGUGCACAGAUCUGUGAUAUCUGCUUUUCCAAGAGCAUGUCUACCAAGUGCGUUGCGUGUGACUUCCCUAUCGAGCCUGGCGAUCGCUGGCUAGAGGCCCUGAACUGUGCCUGGCACACAGAGUGCUUCUGCUGUGCUGUUUGCCAAGUGGAGUUGGAGGGAGCUGCUUUCUAUGCCAAGGGGAAGAAACCAUAUUGCAAAUUCAUGCCAAGCAGGCUGCUUGAGACUGUCUCCAUGGCAACUGUUGUCAUAGCAACAACAAUAGACAACACUUUGUGUCACAGCUCUAUGGAAACCACAGUAACAUAGCAAAGUUUCUGGUAGAUAUGAUAUAAAGAAGUGGAAUGAUUUCACCCAGCUAGCAGGGUCAGAUGCAAGGACAAUUUGAGAAAAAGAGCCAAAUGGUCAUGUCUGCAUGAAAAGUCACAUAAUUAUUGACUUGCAUGAAGAAAGAGGACUUCAGUUAUAAGUCACGCAAAGAGAUUUUAUGGCUCAGGCCCGGAUUGUUUUAUUUUGAUGUAAGAAGACUGUAAGCAAUGAAGGAAACGCCAGUGUAAGGUUUUGAUGUUUUAACACUUUCCGUAGAGUUGGCUGUCUUAAUACUUAGGUAACUGAUACUUAACUGAUGGAGGAGACAAGGCCAGCCUACCCUGGCGGUGACCGGGUGUUGUGCUCACGGAGACACGUGUCCGUGGGUUGGCCCUGCCCGAGGCUGGGCCGCCGUAGGUGAUCGGAAGUGCACACGCCUUCUGUCAUUCUCGUGUGUGUGCCGAGGGUAAAAGGGCCGAAAUCACCUAUGGCGGCAGGCACCCUCGGGUCCUCCCCUGAUGAUCAGCACCCGGCGCUGUCCGCUGGCGCCGGAGACCGUCCCAACUCGCAGCACUCCGCUAAACUACUUCCCGCACCCACGUCUCACUGCUCAUCUUUUAGUUUGCACCGAGGCCAAAUCACAGCCUCGUUACUCAACAAAGUUAACCAGUCUGCGAGUUGGACAGGUCCCAUCACCAGCCCAGGGUAGGUGGGGCAGACGUAUGGCGCUACUGCGGUUUGCGUAGUGCGUACGUACGUUGGUCGCGUGUUUUAGAGAAGUGCACAGAUGGAGAACUGCAGGGUUUCGCCUUUCACGUGUGUGUUGUGUUGUGUUGAACAAGACUGAGAGAUGGUGCUAAAGUAAGGAAGGCCAGAGGAGAGAGAACUAGUUUUAUCACUUAUCCCUGGUGUGGGGUCUCACCCACCGACCACCCUUGUAUAUGUACUUGCAUGCAAAUCACCCGUAGCAAAUUUAUCUUAUACCCACCAAGUGUGUGAAAAUUAUAAGUUUGAUAGAAUGACGUUAUGUUGCAACAUAGUGAAAUUAUGAAGUGCUUUUAUAGAAAUCAUGAUUAUCAAUUUAAAAUACGUUAUGGUAAAAGGGGCUAUGCAAAAUUGCAUACGUAAAAACAUGAAGGUACUUAAUAUAGCUUUGACAUCAGCAUAGUAUACUUUUGUAACCAAACCCUAUUGGAUUGUUUACAUACAGCUAGAGCUGUGGUAAUUUAUGCAUAGUAGCUUGAAAAGCUAUAAUGUGUGAAAUCCUUCCCGCUUAGAAUGAAGAGCUGUUGGGAUUUGCAUUUUAUAUAAUAUAACUCAAUAGAGAAUAAAUCUGGGUCCCCUACCCUGGAACUGUA